AUGGUGACUCAAACGACUGUUUUGGCUGUGACGGAUGAUGUCGUGUUGAACGUUAGCUCUGUUCUAACUAUAAUGAAAGAGCUCGGAAAGGAAGGGAUUGGAUGUUGUGAUCCUAUAGUUAUUACUCAAGCAUCCACAAUAAGUCAGGUUCCUUUGGAGUCUUCUUCAGUGGACACGGUUCUAACCAAUUAUGUUUCCAAACUUCAGCUUAUCCGUUGGGCUAACAUUAAGGAUGGAAGAUCUUCAUACUACUUAACUAUUACGGCAAAGAAGUCUUCAUGGAAGAUUGGUUCAUCAUUUGCUCUGAAAAAGCCUUCAAAAACUCUCUUGAAGGUUAAUCUAGACGAUGACUUGGAUCUUAUAGAUGAAGAUUCUCUUCUGACAGAUGAGGAAUUGAAGAAGCCACAACUUCCUGCUAGUAAGUGA